CAAAGGGAAGACAGUGCCAGAAUUUGGAAUACACUUUUGGACAAACGUUUUGCCAAGGAGGACACAGCCUGCUGCCUCCCAUGCGGUCACCUUUGAAGGACUGACUUCAUCCACCUGCUUGUGGCAGUUCGUGCUCCCGCCAUGGGACCCACGGGGAGCCUGCUGAGUGGUGGACAUGCGCAGAUUGUCCUGUGGGGAACUUUGACAGCUGUCGCCGUUAUCUUCAUCAUCAGCUUCCUCAUAUUUCUGUGCUUGACUUGUGACAGAGAAAAGAAGCCACGACAACCCAGUGGAGACCAUGAAAACCUGAUGAACGUGCCUUCAGACAAGGAGAUGUUCAGCCGAUCAGUUACCAGCCUGGCAACAGACGCUCUUGCUAGCAGCGAGCAGAAUGGAGCACUCACCAAUGGGGACAUCCUUUCAGAAGACAGCACUCUGACCUGUAUGCAACACUAUGAGGAAGUGCAAACCUCAGCCUCGGACCUGCUGGACUCCCAGGACAGCACAGGGAAGCCCAGAUGUCAUCAGAGUCGUGAGCUCCCUAGAAUUCCUCCUGAGAGCACAGUAGACACAAUGCUCAACACGAGAAAUGCAGAUGGGGACCAGGGGCCUGGGAUGGAGGGGCCCUAUGAAGUGCUGAAGGACAGCUCUUCCCAGGAGAACAUGGUGGAGGACUGUUUGUAUGAGACGGUGAAGGAGAUCAAGGACGUGGUGGCAGCCACACCCCUGGAGAAGGGGCACAACAGCAAGUCGAGGUCUAACUCAGCCUUGAAGGAGCCUCCAGGGCACCAGGCCGAGGUCAAGGCUGAGUUUGCUGAGUAUGCCUCAGUGGACAGGAACAAAAAAUGCCGGCAGAGUAUUAAUGUGGAGAGUAUUCUGGGAAAUUCAUGUGACCCAGAGGAGGAAGCCCCACCACCUGUCCCCAUCAAACUUCUGGAUGAAAAUGAAAACCUCCAGGAGAAGGAAGAGCUAGAGGCUGCAGAAGAGCAAGCCUCCGAGGGGAUCCCUGAAACCAACAAGAGAUUCAGUGCAUUGUCGUACAAGUCCCGGGAGGAAGACCCAACGCUGACCGAAGAAGAGAUCUCAGCCAUGUACUCCUCGGUGAAUAAAGCUGGCCAGUCAGGGACUAAAGCAGGACAGUCCCCCAAAGCGCUAGAAGCCACCUACAGUGCUAUUCAGGAAGCACCUCAGCGGUCCACCUCCUCCUGCAGUGAUCUCUAUGCCACCGUUAAAGACUUUGAGAAACCCCCAAACAACGUCAGCACGCUUCCACCAGCAGGGGGAGCCCGCCAGGAGCCAGAGCCCGACUAUGAAGCGAUACAGACGCUCAGCAGAGAGGACGAGAAGGGUCCCCUAGAGACCAGUGCCCAGCAGGGUCUCAUCCCCAAGGAGAAUGACUACGAGAGCAUCGGGGACCUGCAGCAGUGCCGAGACAUCACCAGGCUCUAGGAACUCAGAAGACAGCUCCAGAGAGCCCGAGAGCAGAGUGCGGCACGUUUUUGCUGGGAGAGCUGGGUGAUACAGAACAGUACUCCCUAUGCUGCUUUAGCCAACAGAAGGCAACCGGGGAUGCCAGGUGUCUUCCCAGUUUCUGAAACUGUGAGGUACGAACCGGGAACACCUGCCCACCUGGGAGACAUGCACAGUGUGGCACAGGCCCCUCCUGCACCUUUACCCUCUGCAGAAGAUCCCAGCUGCCAGGGGUUUCAUCCCCACAUAAGGAAAGCCAGGCUGGAAAAAGGAGCUGCACUCAAAGUGGAGGAAGGCUGUACACACCUGAAUACUGCCAUUUGCAGAACAAGGCGUUUGCUUGGCCCCUCUGCUGCAGACUUUACACAUGUGGCUUUUUCCCCUGACUUUUUUCUUUUCUUUCUUUCUUUUUUUUUUUUUUUAAUUUUGUGGUUCAUUCCAAGGAAAUUCUCCUGCAAGGCGUGGCCCCUGCCUUCUAGGUAGGUGUCUUAGGUCGGAAAGAAGCAGCACGUGCCAAGAACGAGCCAGCUGUCUCAUCCAGACCCUUCGGGGCAGGGGAUGCCAGAGGGACAUCCCUGCAGUCCCUGGGGCCUUUGUGACAUCUUGCUUUGGGUGUUCUGCAUCAGCAGCCUCUCCCCACAAAGUACUAGAAGAGUUAUUUUUAUUUUUCUAGUUCACAUGUUUUUGUUCCCCCCAGUAUUUGUCCAGCUCCUCAAAGCAUUUUCAGUGUUUUCAAUGAAUAUUGUGGUACUGCUACACUUGUUUAAACCCAGAGUUCAUCCCUUCAAGUCAGCGAGCCUUAAUAUUUAUGUUGGGACACAGAUCGCACGUGAGGACAGCAGCCGUGGGAUCCCCCUCUGAAGGGCUGUGGACACUAGUGGGUGUUUCCCAUGAGCUCUACCAACCACACAGUGUGGAGAUUCAUAAGUUAACUGCCACCCUAAGGUAAUCUAAGAUGAAAAUGUAAACAUUUAUUUUUGUUAUAUAAAUUUAUAAGAGGUUUUUUGGUUCAAUGCAUAAUUUCUAGAAAGUGCCAGAACAAAUGUAUAUGAACUAUUUUGAUUUUAUGUACAGUUAUUUCUACUGUCCUUUUGAAAAGACGCCGUGAAGCACAUAAGCUAGAUAAUGACACACAGUUGUUACCAUCUUUCUAUCCAAGUGUUGAAAACAUCCAAGGAUUUUCAGGACUCAGCUUUUCAAAAUGGUACUUGGAGCUCCUGGUCCACUAGGGAAAGAUACCACAUAGACGUAAGCCAUGAUUUUCAGUGGUUUUUCCUGGCCAAUAUCAUCAUACUUGAGGUGGUAACAAUGAAAAGAAUACAGUCUGCCUGCGCUGCCUAUGAGUUAUGAACCUCCUGAAGUUUAAUUCUAUCAAGGCUUAAAUACAUUUUUUUAAAAACAAAAUGGUGAUGGAUUCUGUGGCCCAGUGCUUGCCAAUGCAAAUUGCCUGUUGGAAAAAUAUUUCCCCUUCAUUAUACAAAAAUCAGUGGCUGAAAUAACUGAGUUAAAGCUCAGCCUGGUGUGAAUUGAAUCAUGAAUUUAGGUGUUCAAAGGCCACUGUCGGCAAACUGGUCAGUUUUCAUUGAAGAGGAGCCUCAUUGAAGGGCUAGUAUGAUGUGUAAGCUAUAAUGGAGAGGUUGCUUUUGCUGCAUGGGCAAAAGAAAAAAUGAGGUGGUUAUUAUGCCACUGUAAUAUCUAGGACUCUAAAGAUUUAAUAAUCUUGCUGUUUUCCCUCAUGACAAAGAAUGCAAUUGGGAGAAUGAAGCAUCUUGAAAAUUGUAGCUAUUAGCUUGCUGGAGUAUUUUCCCACCCGUGUGCCCAGAGCUUGAUUUUGUGACUGCUCUGCAUUAUGCUUCUGAAGUCGUAACAUGAACUGCACUGGGAUCAGCUGGCUGGUGGUUGUGAUUCUGCAGUCCAUGCCAUCUCACCCGUAAGGACUGACGUGCCUGUGCACAGUCAUCACUGAUUAGGAAAUAAUGGCAGAACACCCAGGAGUCCCUGAGGGCAAUUGAUCAGGAAAGUGCUAGGUGCUUCCUCCCCAUCCCUCCUGAGUACUCCCUCACCUGGUGCUUUUCACUGCUGGAUAUUAAGGAGUUUGAGCCAAUGAUCUCUUGCUGCCUCAGUGGGGCUCCUUAAAUUCAUGGUAAUAGUCACACUGCCCACCUAGGAGUAAGUGUGCAUGCAGUAGAAACAACCUUCAUGGACACCUGACAGUACAGCAGUUUGAUUGUAUUUGGUCAUGUCUUGCUUAUCACCAGGGAAACAGGUAUGAUCUAAAGUGGAGAACCCUUUCUGUAGACAGAAGCUCAGUAGAAAUAAUCAUGUCACCCUGAAACUUAAUUAUUACGAUUUCCCCCCGGGAGUUUUCAAAUAUGGGUUUAUGCAAUAUAGCAGUAAAAUUUGCACUCAAAUCUCUCUCUUAAAUUGAGAGUCAGUGAUAAGACCACAUUGUGCUAGAGGGGUUUUAAGUGUAACUUUAAUAGGGAUUCUAAGGCCCUUCAGCAGAAGCCCUAGAAAAGGUUGACUGGUGGCACAGUCCUGAUAGUUAUGGUGGGGGGAGAGAGAUGCAGAGGAAACUCCAGGGCGGAACCUCAGCUCUUUGAUGAGUCAGCUUCUUUACUGAAAUAUAUGUGUGGAUGUAUCUUCACUGUACUGACCUUGGAGUAGGGUUUUUCAUCAGUUUCAUCAUGCCUUGUUCAGAAUCUGUGCUUGAAUGUUUGAGAUAGACAAAGGCUGAUGACUCCUGUCAUCUUGAACUAAAUGUUAGAGAGCUUUAAUAUGUUAAAGGCUAAUUAGCAAAACCAGAAGUCACUAUCUAUCCAACAUUCAACUUGAUAUCCAUAUUGUAUAUCCAGUUGGUAUAACCUAAGUUCUGCAAAAUUAAGUAAAGAAAGAAAAAAUUUUAGAAAAAUUUUAAGAUUUGCUGGUCAGGUCAAAAUUGUGCGUCUAUCUCAAUUAAAAGAAGAAUCCAUGUUUUAUUCAGAUGAUUUGAAACUUGAGAAUUAUUGUUACCUAACUUUUGUUAUUUCUAAACUAUCAUCAUCAUGAACCUGUUUUAUGUGAAGUUCUUGAGGAAAACUUAAGUACUAAAGGAAAGUAACUUUGUGACAAUGCUGUUUUCUCCUUCCUGAACACCAAAUCUCUGAUUUGUUGAUCCUCAAAAUCCCAAAAUUCAUUCUGAGUGCUAAAUUAGACAUCAGUAGUCAACGUGAAGAACUAAAAUGCACCUCAGUAUGUCACUAUUGUCUGCUUGUCUACCUUGCACUUUUCUUUAGGCAAAUUAGAUCGUUUUCUUACUAGGGUACUUCAAAAGAUUCA